UCGCAGAAAGCUUAGCCUGAGUGAGAUAGCGGAUCGAGCAGCAACAAUAGUUAUUCUUGAAAAAACGCCAGUCACCGGCUCUUCUUCUUCCUCCUCUAAAUGGCGACGCUUUUAAAAUGCUACCGACCAUUGCUUCCCUUCCAAAGCCGCAAAAUACCCAUUGCUACCGUUGCCGUUGAAUGUUUCAGAUACUACUCGAGAAGUCGACCUAGGGUUGUUAGGUGCCUCAGUACAAUUGGAAAUUCAAAGUCUACAGUGGAUAUAAAAGGGGGUAAUGCCGUUGACGGAACUGACACCGAAUUGAGGAAUCAGCAGCAACUAUGGUUACACAAUACUAUGACCAAACAAAAAGAAGUAUUUAUACCUAAAGUCCCCGGAAAAGUUGGAAUGUACGUUUGUGGUGUAACGGCUUAUGAUCUCAGCCAUAUCGGACAUGCUCGCGUUUAUGUUUCCUUUGAUGUUUUAUAUAGAUACCUAAAUUAUUUGGGAUAUGAAGUCAAUUAUGUUCGCAACUUCACUGAUGUUGAUGACAAGAUUAUUGCUAGAGCAAAUGAGCUGGGGGAGGAUCCACUCAAAUUAAGUAGACGUUUCUGUGAAGAGUUCCACCAAGACAUGACUUAUGUUCACUGUCUUCCUCCUUCAGUGGAGCCUCGUGUCUCUGAUCACAUGCCUCAUAUAAUCGAUAUGAUUCGGCAGAUUCUCGAUAAUGGUUGUGCUUACAGAAUCGAUGGCGAUGUCUACUUUUCUGUAGACAAAUUUCCAGAAUAUGGAAAAUUAUCUGGCCGAAAACUGGAAGAUAAUAGGGCAGGAGAGCGUGUAACAGUAGACGCAAGGAAGAAGCAUCCAGCUGAUUUUGCCUUGUGGAAAUCUGCCAAAGAGGGAGAACCUUUCUGGGAGAGUCCCUGGGGUCCAGGAAGACCUGGAUGGCAUAUUGAGUGCAGUGCCAUGAGUGCUGCAUAUUUAGGAUAUUCUUUCGACAUUCAUGGUGGGGGGAUGGAUCUCGUAUUUCCUCACCAUGAAAAUGAAAUUGCCCAGAGCUGUGCUACUUGUAGGAAGAGCAACAUUACUUAUUGGAUACACAAUGGCUUUGUCAACAUUGAUUCUGAGAAAAUGUCGAAGUCACUGGGGAAUUUUUUUACAAUUCGGCAGGUGAUUGAUCUUUAUCACCCAUUGGCACUGAGGCUUUUCUUAAUUGGGACACAUUAUAGAUCUCCAAUCAAUUAUACAAUUGUACAGAUUGAGAGUGCAUCUGACCGCCUUUUUUACAUAUAUCAGGCACUAUAUGAUUGUCAAAUUCUUCUCUGCCAGCAUGAUGGGGCAAGUUGGAAGGAUUCUAUUCCUGCAGAAACUGCUAGUUGUAUAAAUAAAUUCCAAGAUGAAGUUUUAGCUUCAAUGUCAGAUGAUCUUCACACUCCUGUUGCAUUGGCAGCAAUGUCGGACCCAUUGAAGUUGAUCAAUGAUCUCUUACAUACACGAAAGGGUAAAAAGCAAGCAUUGCGGAUUGAGUCACUUGCAGCUUUAGAAAAUACUAUAAGUAAUGUUCUAGAAAUGCUGGGGCUUGUGCCAGCCAGUUACGCGGAGGCUUUGCACGAACUGAGGUUGAAAGCUUUGAAGCGUGCAAAGUUGACUGACGAUCAAGUUCACCAGAAAAUCACAGAGAGGGAUACAGCAAGAAAAAAUAAAGAAUAUGAUAGAUCGGAUGUAAUUCGAAAAGAUUUGGCUGCUGUAGGUAUUGCUUUGAUGGACAGCCCGGAAGGCACUACGUGGAGACCGGCUAUUCCUCUUGCUUUGCAAGAAGAGCAGGUUGCAGCCCUUUGAAAUUUCUCACAUAUUUGCAAUAACCUGCCGUGUUGUGCCAUAUUAAUUUUGGGAAAUGAUGUGUAGUGCCAAUCCAAACUGAGAAAAGUUUUGGUUGUAGCAUCUUACAGAAGCUAAGUAAUUUUUGUUAGUUGCAAAAAGCAACUAUCUAGAAA